AUGGACGACGACGGAUUACAGUACGACUCCGGAUACGACUCCGAGGUGCUCAACAUGCACUGGGGUCGCGGCCGCCCCCAGAUGAGCGAACAGGCGAAGCAUACGCUCGCGUUUGCGAAGGAGCGCCUCGAGCAUCUCCUCCGCACCGUGGACGCCCCCGAUAUCGCCGAGGCCCCGGUUUUCCCCCCCGACGCGGGCGUCAAGGCGCGCAAACUGCUCACGACGGCGCACCACAGGCUCCUCAGAGAACAGGCUCCGUUCGUGCAGCUCACCGACAAACACCUCGUGCAGGCGGCGCGGAAGGAGUUCAGAAGACACGCCGAGCAGUGGGGCGUGGUCGUGCGCAUGCAGUCCAUGCGCAAGAAAGGAAGGAAGAGCCCCAUCUAUCACACCCACGUCCGCUUGCUCAAAUGCAACCAGGAUCGAUACCGCCGUUGGGCCGCCGAGCGAGUCGCCGCCGAGGCCAAACCCGCCGUCGAGGUGAAGCGGGAGAGGGAGGAGGCGACGGUCGGGCGAGCGGACGCGAAGCGCGUCAAGGCAUCGGAGCCGUGA